AUGCUCAUCAAGGUGAAGACUCUCACAGGCAAAGAAAUUGAAUUAGAUAUCGAACCUAAUGACAAGGUUGAGCGAAUCAAGGAAAAGGUAGAAGAAAAGGAAGGGAUCCCACCUCCACAACAACGACUAAUCUUUGCGGGCAAACAAAUGAAUGAUGAUAAAACAGCUACAGACUACAAGGUUAGUUGUUAUGCAAAAGUUCUAGUCCGCAUUGAANAGGGAAUCAUUUGCAUAUUUAAUCGAUUGAUUGGAUGA